AACAAUUAUGUUCUUUUCUGUCAGAUGACUAACUAUACCGAAAUAUUGUACAAAAACAGCACAGCCAACAUUCCUGAAUUUGUGCUUAAAGGAUUCACAGGAAUUCCUGCAGAGUAUUAUGGAUUGGUAGGAACGUUUUUCUUAUUCAUUUAUCUAAUGCUGGCAUGUGGAAACAUUUUCAUCCUUGUAUUUGUGGCUUGUGAAAAAAGUCUUCAAAAUCCAACGUACAUAAUCAUUUGUAACCUUGCAAUAUCAGAUCUUGGAUUUGGAACUACAACUCUGCCCAGAAUUAUUGCUAACUACUGGAUGUCAGAGAAGAUCAUUGCAUUCAAUGGUUGUUUCACACAAAUGUUUUUUGUCCAUUUGUUUGGGUCAUGCACCUCAUUUCUUUUGGCACUCAUGGCCCUUGAUCGAUUUGUUGCUAUAUGUAACCCACUGAGAUACCCAGUUCUGAUUAAAAACUGCAAUAUAGUGAUUUUUUGUUCAGUGCUUUGGGUAGGAAACCUUGUCCGGCUUGGUCUAAUCACAGCAUACGCUCUCAGUGUGUCUUACUGUGGCCCAAAUAUUAUACAUCACUGCUACUGUGACUAUAGCUCAAUAACUAGUCUAGCAUGUGCAGACAUAACAGCCAUAAAAGCCACUAGUACUUCCAUUGCUUUGACAGUACUGUGGGGUCCUUUAUUUUAUAUUAUAUUUUCUUAUGUAGCCAUUAUUAAUUCAGUCAUGAAAAUAUCGAAUAAAGAAGGACGAUACAAAACCUUUUUAACAUGUACUCCACAGCUGUUUAUCAUCUGCCUAUACUAUCUACCCAGAAGUUUUAUGUAUAUUGCAUCAGCUGUUGGAUACAAUUUUGAAACAAACCUCCGCAUUGCAAUGAUAAUGAUGUACAGUCUUUUCCCUGCCUUGAUCAAUCCGUUCAUAUACUGCUUUAGGACCAAGGAAAUUAAGGACACAUUAAUGAAGAAGAUUAAGCAAAGGCAAGUGAUGGUAAAAAAAAGAAUAAUAAUAAUUUUACCUAAUUAA